CUAACACUCUCUAAUGUAUGAUUUCUUGAUGUUUUCUCUCGAAGUUUAGAUUCCAAGCUUUAAUUUGAACAAGAACGGGCUGAAUUUUCGUUGUCCCUUCCGAACAGUGUCGGCCUCAUCUCGUUGAUCGGCUUCAUCUCUGUAUCUUUUCCGGCAGCAUUGCGAUUUGCAGCUCAAUUUUCAGGAUUAAGAACUUGAGGACUGAUUGUCAACGGUUGGUCUUGACUUUCGAUCGAUUCUUGGUCUAAACAAUGGCCUUAACCAUCUCCGAAUCUUCCGUCAAAUUUAAACAAUGCAUUCGCAGCGUUUCUUUAAUGUAUUUCUCCAUGUGCCGGUUCCUGCUCUCCCUAAUUCUCUCUCUCUGCUUCGUCAAGCUUCUUGCUGAAUUUGUCAAUGAAGGUGCUAAAGGCUCUUUGAUUUGGCCUAUCAUGCUGAUUUCUAUAUACAAAAGGAGCUCAACUCCCACAUAUGAUUUGCAGCUGCUUUCGUUCUAAUAAGCACUAAUGAUUAUGGAACAGUUGAGAUGCUGCCUCCUUCAGAUCUCUGUUGCUUUAGCUGUUUCAUUUCUGGUUACUGCACAGGAUCAGUCAGGAUUCAUUAGCAUUGACUGUGGGAAUUCAAAGGAUUCAAGCUACACGGACAGUGUAACAGGCAUCAAGUAUAUUUCUGAUGCAAACUUCACAGAAACUGGAGUAAGUAGGAGCAUAUCAUCAGAUUUCAACUCUUCCACUCUUCCACAGCAAUUCUGGUAUGUUAGAAGCUUUCCUGAAGGGGAGAGGAACUGCUACACCAUAAAGCUUGCUCAAGGUAAAGGUUUCAAGUAUUUGAUCAGAGCGAGUUUCAUGUACGGAAACUAUGAUGGCGAAGGUAAUGCGCCGGUUUUUGAUCUGUACAUGGGAAUUAAUAAAUGGGAUUCAGUAGUAUUGAGCAAUGAAUCCAGUAUCACAAACAAAGAAGUUGUACAUGCACUUCCUACAUCUUCCGUAAGCAUAUGCCUGGUGAAUACUGGCUUUGGAUCACCUUUUAUAUCAGCAUUGGAGUUUAGACUUUUGAAAAAUUCUAGCUAUGUUACCGAUUUCGAAUUGUUAGCUCUCCAUAGACGGUUGGAUGUAGGAUCGAUUACCAACGAAACUGUUCGGUACCAAGACGAUUUUUAUGAUCGGAUUUGGAGGCCCUAUAACUUUCCUAGUUACAAAAUUAUAAGCACAUCAUCCACAGUUGAUUCAGAAAUCAGCAACAGUUAUAAUUUACCAAGAAUUGUAAUGAGCACUGCUAUCACAACCGAUAAUGCCAGUGCUCCUCUAGAAUUUCACUGGGUUCCUGGAGAUCCCAAUGCCAAAUUUCACUUAUUCUUGCACUUUGCUGAUUUGGAAAAGCUCCAAGCCAACCAAUCGAGGGAAUUUAACAUCUUUCAAAAUGAAAAUCAUCUUCAUGGACCUUUUUCUCCUGAUUACUUGCAGUCAACUACAUUGUUUACCACAAACCCAAUGAGUGGAGAAUCUAUUGAUUUUAAAUUUGUAAGAACAAAUACAUCAAGUCUUCCACCCAUCCUCAAUGCUCUUGAAAUCUACACGGUGCUAGAUACAUCACAAUCGCACACUGAUGAGCAAGACGUUAAAGCUCUGACGAGCGUGAAAUCAUUUUAUGGAGUGAGAAAGAAUUGGCAGGGUGAUCCAUGCCUGCCAGAAUCCUUCGUCUGGCACGGUCUUAGUUGUAGCUAUGAUGAGACUCCUAAUAGAAUCACCUCCUUGAACUUAUCUUCAAGUGGGUUGGUGGGGGAAAUAGUUACUUCUAUAUCCGAGCUCAGGUCACUACAAUAUUUGGAUUUAUCAAACAAUAACUUGAGUGGACCAGUCCCUAGUAUGCUAUCUGAGUUGCACUCCUUGAAAGUUUUAGACUUGAGAAACAACCCACUUCUUGGUUCUAUACCAAGCGAACUCAUGGAGAAAUCUAAGAAUGGAUCGCUUACAAUAAGGGUUGGAGGAAACGCCGAUGUUUGUGCUUCAUCUCCUUGCCAAAAGAAGAAACAGAGUUACGUUGUUCCAAUUGUAGCAACAGUUUCAUCGUUGCUGGUCCUCUUAGCUGCAAUAGUCGUCUGGAUUAUAAUAUGGAAAAAACGAGCCCGAAAACAGCCCAUUAUAAGACUCGGAUCGCUAGAGCCAAAAAAUCAGCGGCUAUCUUACUCGCAAAUACAGCGUAUGACAAAUAACUUUGAGACGAAAAUCGGGGAAGGAGGAUUUGCAAAAGUAUUCCUUGGUUACUUGGACAAUACUCAAGUUGCCGUGAAGGUCCUUAAGUCUUCUGUUCAAGGUUACAAAGAGUUUGAAACAGAGGUCAAACUUUUGCUGAGAAUUCAUCAUACAAACUUGACAAGCCUUGUUGGAUUCUGCUAUGAAAAGACCAAUCUGGUUCUUAUCUAUGAGUACAUAAAUAAUGGCAACUUAAAAGAGCAUCUAUUAGGUGGAAAUGUUAGAGUUCUCAGUUGGGAGGAAAGGAUGCAAAUAGCGGUCGAUGCAGCACAAGGAUUGGAGUAUCUGCAUCAUGGUUGUAAGCCACCAAUUGUUCACAGAGAUGUGAAGUCUGCAAACAUCCUUUUGAAUAAAAAAUUCCAAGCCAAAAUUGCUGAUUUUGGUCUAUCCAGGAGUUUCCCGACCGAAAGUCGGACUCAUUUGACCACAGUUGUUGCAGGCACCGACGGUUAUCUUGAUCCAGAGUAUUAUGCAACUGGCUGGCUGACCGAAAAAAGCGACGUUUACAGUUUUGGAGUUCUUAUAUUGGAAAUAAUCACUUCCCUUCCAGUCCUUCAAAUUGAUAGAGCUUCUUCAAAGAGAUAUCAUGUAAGCCAAUGGGUUAUGAACUUGAUGAAAACAGGUGAUAUAAAGAGCAUCGUUGAUCAAAGGCUAAGAGGAAACUUCGACUUGAGUUCUGCCUGGAAGGCUGUGGAGAUUGCCAUGACAUGUUUGUCACUGGAUUCUAAAGCGAGGCCUGGCAUGAAGGAGGUGGUAAGGGAGUUGAGUGAGUGUUUGGCGUUAGAGAGAGCUCGGAAAAGAAGGAACGUCGAUUCUGAUACUGGAAAAUCAAAUACAGUUACUAGAAAUUUCAGAGAAAGCGAAGUAACACCUCGUGCUAGGUAGCUUCUACUGCUAUAUAUGUUCAAAUCAAUCUAUUGCAAACAAUCAAAGAGCGAGCCCGGUCGAGUCGGGUUGGCAGAACCUCAAUAUGUUAUGUCGAGGUAUACAAGAAACAAUUUGGUGUCUUUUGGCUAUGUCAUUGUUUCAAUGUGGUAGGGAAGAUUGUGUGGAGCAAUGGAGAAUGUUUUAUAUGCAUAAAACUAAGCAGCAUCAUUGCAUGGCUUUUGUAGAUAAUGAUAUGAACUCUGAAAAUAUGAGCUUUUGCCAUUCUCAUUCAUUCAACCAAGGAGCUCCUUUUCCUUUCC